AUGUGUCUGGCCAAAUCCUCAGCCAGCUUUUUUAGACAGGUCCAGACGGCCAUUUUUGCUCUGCCCCCGCCCGAUCCCACUACUGGGCUCCCAAAAUUGUCUGUCUCUGGUAGCGACGCCAAUGUUGGCAGCGGACAUUUGCUCAUGACGGGCACCUCGCGCCGGUUAGCUGAGUCCACCACCGAAAUGGUUCACGAAGUGGACACUUUGCACGAGUUGCUGCUACGCAACUCGGCCGAUGUGCCCAGUAAAGUCACUUGGAGCGCUUUGCAGGUAUGCAGUUUAAUUUCUUAA